GCGCCAAGCUGACAUCCGGGUACUUGAUCCCCCGCCACACCGCGGCGAGACGAGCAAUGUUUGGACUUUUCGCAGAAAGCAGACCUUUUAAAAUCAGGAGCCUCGAAGACAACAAAAAGUACGGCGUCGCGGCUAUAGACUUGAAGGAGUUGCUUAAAAAAGGUUGCAAGUUGUUAAAGGUACCGCCUUCAGGUGCUCAUGUUUGUUUGUACGCAGACGGGACAGAAGUGACUGAGAAAUACUUUGCAACAUUGCCUGACAACACAGAACUCCUUCUCCUCCGCAAGCAGCAGGCAUGGGGUGGGGCUGUGUGCGACAUCGCUCAUCUACUUGGAUCGGACCAGUAUGCCCUGGGCCUCAUUGAAGCGGCAAAGGGCCUCCUGCAUGAUGAGAAGUCUGCCAAAAGGCGGAAAAUCCUGACUGAUCUUCUUCACAACCUGGAGGACAGAUCUGAGCUGGAGAGCAGAGAGGAGGAUAAAGAAUGGUUUAUAGGUGUCGAGGCUCGAUUCAAGACCAAGUCAGCCUACUUGAAGUCUAACUGUGAAAACAGGAUACGGAGCUACAUGAGAGACCUGGAUGAAGCUACCAAAGCCGUGCAGAAGACUGGAGUUCGAGAAGAAUGUGUGCAGGCCUCAAAGAGCCUCUCACAAAUGCUCAAGUGUGACAAAUACAACGGCUGCUACUUUGACCGCUCUCAAAAAGAGAAGCACCGCAUCUGUACAAGAGAAGGAUGGUUUACCUGCCAGGGCUCCUUUGACCAGCCCCAGUGUGCUUGGCUCCACUCCAUCAAUCCCUACAGCAGCAGAGAGAGUCGCAUCAUGUUCAGCACUUGGAAUCUGGACCACAGAAUUGAAAAGAAGAGGACAAUCGUUCCCACUCUUAUGGAUGCGCUCCAGAACCACAAAUGUGAGGACAUCAAUUUGACUUACUUCUACCGCCUGAUGUUCACUUGUGACAACCUGAAGCUGGUCCACAUCGUCUGCCACAAGAAGGAAGCACAUAACCUGCAGUGUGAGCCGAAGAAGAUCUUCAAAGCAGACAACAGAAAGCAUCACAGCAAGAAGAUACGCCUAAAAUAACCUUAACAAAUAUUUGACAUUUAAUGAGGUUGCCUUGCUUUUACAUAAUUGUGUUUUCUUAAACUGCUGACAGACUGCAAAGAACUGGAGAUGAAAGAUGAAACACAUUUAUUUGUUCUUAGUCUUGGCGCGGCGAUGUUUUACCACAUUAAAUGCUGAAUUCAUGAGGCAAUCACUCCCUUGUGAAAGUUGCAUAGUACAAUAUGAAAAGCAUUCAACAUGAAUAAGGCAUGGAUUUUUAAAACAGUAUAAAUAUAUAAAACAUCUACAUCAGCUCAAUCUGCUUCAGACAAUUAACAAGCAAUAUUUUAGUGCAACAGUUAUAAACCUCAAAAUCAAGAUGACUGGAUCAGAAGUUAUGCUCUUAUACAUGUAAUGGACAAGCGGUACAAAAUGGAUGGAUGGAUGGAUGGAUGGAUGGAUGCAAAAGUGACCGUACACUCUUGAGUACAAUGAACUUCACUGAGAAAUAUACGAUUAUAUGUACACACUGUAAAAGCUGCCCAAGUAUAAUCAUGAAUUAAUCAAUACUUGAAAAAUGACAAUUAUAGAAAUAUGAAACUCUUGGUAUGAAUCUCUACAGUUAGAAAAGGUGCUUGCAUGCAAUUUUAAUCAUCAGUUCUAUUUAUAUUAAAAAUCAUACUUUGAGAUAAAUUGCAUUCUGCUGA